AUGGACGGGGUGCAGUACGAUGAAGAUAUUUCCGCAAACGGGUACUACGCGCGGCUGCUCAGCGAUCACUUCAGCAUCGUCGAGACGGCCACGGUCGAGGGAUGGAUCAUUUGUGUGCCGCGCGUCGGCUCGUUCAGCGACCAGUGCCUGGUGGAUCAGGAGUUUGCCUUGGCCCAUGUCCUCGUGCCGAACGAGGAGCUCCCGGAGACGCACUUCUUCAACCUCAACUUCCAGCAGCUGAAGCUGGACGAGCGGUCGCUCGUGUUCGCGAACGGGCUGAGCGUGCGGAUACUGUUCGAGGAGAUCUUCUACCGUGACGGGCUGAAGUACAAAGUGUGGUGCGUCGAGCGCCCGUUGCACGAUAUGAAAAAGUACGGCACGUACGCGGAGGAUGACCUGUCGCUGGGACGAUUCCUCGGCAUCGGCAGCCUCACGGAGGCGGUCGAGUUUAUACGGACGGCGGCGAAAAAGAAGGACAUCUUUGGCCGGAUGGACGCGAAGGUGGCGGCGUUUGUGCGGGCCAACGGCGACAUGGGCCGGUGGCAGUUCGAGGAGCAGAAAGCGGCGAUCAAGAUGAUCUACGUCGAGUGUCUGGAGCUGAUACUGCAGAACCGGAAGCUGAAGGACCGCUGCCAGCGGGAUAUGGUGCUGCGGGGCAACGUGAAGGUGGCGAUCGAAACGUACGUGAUGGACAAGCUGUACGAUCACGUGAAGAGCGUGAUCGACGUUUGCCGGAUGGAGCAGGCGGAGGGCUUCAACAAAACGCUGCGCAACCUGGGUGAUGUGCAGUGCGCGGAGUUCGAGGUGGCGAAGCGGCACGGCGAGCUGAUUCCGCUGGCGAAAAAGGAGCUCGCCAAGAUCGAUCACGCCCGCACGGUGAUCGAUAAGAUCGGGUGUCUGCAGCGGGUCAUGGAGGUGCUGACGAAGGGCGCGGGCGAUGGCGACGACACGCUGACGAUGGACAAUCUGGUGCCGCUGUUCAUCUUUCUCAUCCUGAAGUCGGGCCUCACGCACUGGAUGAUGACGAUCACGUUCCUGAAGGAGUUCCAGUUCAACAACGUGUUCCGGGAGCAGCGAAUCGAGUCGGGCGAGUACGGCUUUCUGAUAGCGACCCUCGAGGCGGCCAUCGUGUACAUUAGCUGCGGUAGCAUUGCGCGAACCCAGCGGCUCGGCAUCAGUCUUGAGCCGAGCCGCGAACUUUCGCUGACCGCCGAGCGGGCGUUUCGUAACGCGGACGACUUUCUGAGCCACCUGCUCGCGCUGAUGCGCAACGAUGACGAAACGCGGAUCGUGGAGCUGCUGCAAGAUGUCACCAACAGCCAGGCGCUGCUGUGCACCGGGCCGACCGAGGCCGGAUACUACUAUCUGCCGUCGAUCGACGACCAGAACCAGCAGGGCCAGUCGGCGCUCCACCUGGCCGCCAUCUUGGGCAACGCGAAGCUGCUGACGCUCAUCCUGUCGCUGCAACCGAACGUGAACGCAACCGACGCGAAGAACUGGACCGCGCUGCAUUAUGCGGCAGCGAACGGUCAUCAGAAUCUGCUGCUACUGCUGCUACACGCCGGAAUCAACAUUAACAGCACCAGCACCGAUCGGCACACAUCGCUCCAUUUGGCGUGUCUUAAUGGCCACAGCGGAUGUGUGAAGGCGUUGCUGUACUUUUCCGAGCACAUGCGCAUCUACGUGGAUGUGAAUGCGGCCACCGAGAUGGGCCAAACGCCGCUCCACUAUGCCGCCCGGUGGGGUUUUCUGGACAUUGUCGAAACGCUCCUCGAGUAUUCGGCCAACGUCGAGGCGGUCAACAAGCUGGGCGCCUCACCGCUCAAAUAUGCCCACAACGUUCGCAUCGGAAGGCUGUUGGUCGAUGCGUUGCGAGCUCAGCGGCGAGCCGGACACCACCCGGCCACAGGUUUUAAACCGUCACUGCGCCAGUCAACGUACACUCCGGAUCCGUUCGAUCGGGGCGACGAUCUGGCGGAGGAUGUGCGCGAGCAGCGCACGAUCGAGGAGAUGAAACGCAUCGAGAAGGCACUGGAAGCGAUCGCGGCGCAGGACACGAAACUGGCCUGUGCCUACCUCGGACUGGACGUGAUACCGCUAUCGGACUACCGGAACCACAGCACGAUGGACGACUAUGCCGACAGCCGGAAGCUGUGCCAUCCGCUGUGCACCUGCAACCAGUGCGUGAGAAAGUCGUCCGAGUUCUACAGCCUGUGGCGUAAACCAUUUAGCUCACCGCCCAAACCCAUCGAGCAGCGAAGUCCGAAGCCACGCUGGAAUUUGAAUGCGGUCAACGGGGAAGGGUACACGGCUCUGCAUGUGGCCGCCGUGCACGGUAACGUGGACAUGGUGCGGGUUCUGUUGGCUGAGAACGUAAACCCGACCAUCCGACUAAAGUCGGGGGCAACCGCACUGCAUCUGGCGACCCGCGAGCGCCGGUUACGAAUCGUACGGAUGCUUCUCUCCCGGUACCCGGCGGCGGACAUAGUGGACCUAAAGGAUAGCCGCGGAGACACACCGCUGCACUACGCCGUGGAGCAGAACAACCUGCAACUGGUGCAGAUGCUGCUGGACUCGAAUGCCGAUCGCAGCAUCCGGAACCUGCAGGGCAAACGGCCCAUCGACAUAGCGAAGAAUAGUCUUUACUUUAACGUUAUCAACUUGCUCGAACAGCGCUAG